GCGCCGACUUCCGGUUCGAGCGCCAUCUUGAUAGUUAGCAUCGUGAUUAAUUACUUUGUUUUUUGCUCAUUAAUAUUGUUUAAAGUGUAAUAUCGAUAGCUUAUUAUACAGUAAACUAAUGUGGUAGUGUGCAGUGAAUGGAGAAUUAAUUUUGAAGCGCGUUUAACCACCAUCUUGGAGUCAACGGCCAGUAGUCCACGUGCUUCUUGUAAAGUCUAGCUAUCGAUUUACAAGAGCUAACAAAUCACCGUACACUGUCUUGUACAACCGUACAAUUUUUGUCGUUUUUAAACCUCUUAAUACCUUGAUACUGGCGAAAUAGUCCCACUGGGCUGAAGCCAUAAUUUUAAAAGAAGAAGAACAGAGGCGCCAACUGGGAUGGUUGGAGUCGAGUACACAUACAAAAGGGACUUAGAUUGGAGGACGUGGAGAGAAGUAACUUAUCCCAAAAAGAAAAAGGAAGUAAUAUGUUACAGGUGUCAAAAUAUCGUAAAUUUAGCUGAAAGUAAUUGUACCAACUGUCACGUAGGCGGAUAUUGGGUAAUUGAGGAUAAGCAGCCACGGUGUUCCUAUGAAAUACUUUCCUUUAAAAAUAAUAACGAGUUGUGUGUGGCACAUUUUUGGCAGUUAAAUAAAGCGAAUUCAAACUCUUGCCCAGCAGUGAUUCCCUUAAAUGAAAUAUCUAGUUGUGGAGUUCCAAUGAUAACUAAAUAUGUAGUCAAUGCGGAUUACUUGACAAACGUUUCUGAGCGCACUUUACCCGCCAUUUGUCAAACGUGGGAAAGGUGCGAAUUUUCAACUGUUUAUGCUGUAAACCCAGAAAGCAUAGUAUUCAGAAUUAUAAAUACAACAAACAACAUAAUUUACUCUAGAAUCAUGGAAAAGAACAGGAAAAAAUACGUGUGCGUCGAUAAUUGUGGCAUAUUUAAUUUCGACACUCUGAGUGCUACAAGAAACGAGGAACACUUAGUUUUAAACCUUUUAAAUUCGAAUAAAAAGAAACGUGACAACCCUAGACCUGAAAAAAACAAAAAUACGCGCCAAAAAUUAAAAAGUGCUACCUUGAAAUUAAAUAACGGUGCGUUCAAUAAAAACAAUUUAGAACAACCAUUGGAAAGUGGACAGAGUACGACACACAAUCCACCGAUGUGCAAACAAAUACUUUUAAAAGAACUUUACCGUGAUUUGAACGACGAAAAUUUUACGUAACAAGUGAACUUUGUAAUUUUCCCCUGCUUUUGUCGUUUUACCAAUAAAAUAUUCUAAGUAUAGCCUGGCAAACCAUUGAAUAGAGAGCAAAUUUGAAAAAAAUAGGCGCAAAGAAUUAAUGGUUCACAAAUGGGAAAUUUAAAUUUCGCGUCUUUUUCGACUGGCAAAAUUUGUUAGACUAUACACAAUUAUCAAUACAAAUAAUACAAUCAUUUGGA